AUGUCUCAAGAAAGAGUCCCCCCAGAGAUCCAGACUCAAAUUAUUGAUUCAAUUGUCUCUGACCAUAGCGGUUAUAUAAUUCUCCAGCCGGAUUGUGCACAGACAUUACGCACAUGUCUCCGUGUCUCGCCUACCUUCCGCUGGAGUGCAAAACGAUACCUCUUCAAGUUUAUCAGCCUCUUUGAGGAUGAUGAGGAUGCGUUCCGUGUAAAAUUAAAGCACCUUCGCAGCCUCGUUGAUCUCCCAGACAUGGAAAUUAGCAUACUCCGCCAUAUUCGAAUUUUUCAAAUGUCUGCCCCCAUUACUUCCAUUCUCGGCAAUCCGGAGCCUAGUCGUUGCAAGCAAAUAAUCGAAGACCUUGAUUUCAUUCUGAAUGCAUUUCGUCACUCAGAAGCUCGGUUACACACCUUUGAAUUCCAUGGCCCACUUUUCUCUUCCCUACCAUCCAAGGUUGUGCGAUCCCUUCAAAACCUGAUCCGCUCCCCAACAUUGCUAUCUCUUAGGCUUUGCGAAGUGCAAGACCUUCCCAAGGACGUCUUACAAGGGACAUCAAUAAUUCAUUUGACUGUUCUUGAUUGCAACAUAUCCGACACCAUGGGCGCUAUGGAUGUCCAUCUUCCUCUCUCUCAGAUCGCAACCAUUGAAACUACCGAUCUUCCUAUGGUUCAUGCUUUAUAUCCAGAGACCCAGCGUUCAAUGAUCAGCAAUGGAGAAGCUUGCCUCAAAUCUGUAUGCCUGCGUAUCGAUAUGAGAACUUGUUUUUUUGGGGGUCUCAACAAGGAAUGCGACACAGUGGCGGAGCUCUUUCCAUCCGUUAAGAAGGACAUAUCGCUGGGUAUGCCAAUCGAGGCAUGGACAAAACUUGAUGAUAUUCUACUAAACGUGGACAUUUUUCCACAUCUCGGUGGUGUCGACAUCAAGGCGUUCUGUCUAUUUCCUAACAAUAUUAUGACUAACCACAGUCGCAAAGUGGAACAGCUUCGGAUGGAGCAGGAAAUCAAACUGGCUCUUCCCACUCUGCACAAGCAGGGCAAGAUGACAGUAGCAGUUUCAUGCCGUUAG